CCCCCGUUAAAAAGAUCCAUUUAAUGCGCGGCCGUAUGCGCUCUGCUGGCGCGGAGAUAAGAGGCCUCAGCUUCUUUCUCCUCAUUAAUCCGUUCGCUUUUAUAGACACGACUGCCGGCAAAAGAUCAUAAGCGCAUUUUCCUCAGAUCUUUAUCAGCCGCGAGCGCGCCAACUCGAGCAAUGACAAAACUUGGUGCAGUGAAAAUGAUCAGUAGCCGAGAUGAACAACACGCAUGCAGACAUCGAGGCGCUGGCCGGUGCCGGGUUUUUCUUUACUGAUGUGUGUAUAUGUCUGUGUAAGCCGUUGUUGUUUGCCGGCAUUUUUGACUCAACCGGAGCUGAAGCAUGUUCUUCUUUCAACCGUUGAGAUCAUAACCCACAGACACACCAAAAACGUCUGUGUUUUUGACUCAGAUUCCGCAACAUGUUGUAGCACGUUUUCAUUUGGAACGUUUCGCUUUUAUUACUUGUAAAGUUGACCAGCGUUAAUUUAAGACAAACACAGGAUUAAUUUUGAAAGAAUCGGAAUAGCGUUGGAUGAUUAUAUGGCGUUCCCGUUCAUCGUUAUCAUGACCACAGCAGACAGCGAUGAUCUCCCGUUAGAUCUCUCCAUAAAACGCCACUCCACGCCCAGCAUCUCCUCGACAUCCAGCGAAAUCGUCCAGCUCCUGACGCGCGACAAACACCGCCGGCAUCCCUGUUUAACCUGCGGCAUCGGUUUCUCCUCACUAAAAACACUUCACGCCCAUCUGCAGUUCUACUGCGCCACCAAACCCACCACCGACACCUUGACCACGCCCUCCACCACAGAAACACCCAGUGUCAAGUCUGAACCAGUGACAGAACGCUCGGUCACGCCCACCAGUACGACGGCCAGCCAAUCGGCGCCGGCCGAAACAAAGUCUCCCGUUUUAAGCGGGCACUUUUGUUCGUUCUGCGCAUUCCGCGCCAACACCCCUCGCGGGCUGCGCUCGCACGUCACCAAGUACCAUUUCAAAGAGGCAAAGAACGUCCCGACGCCGCGCGAGGGCGGGCGGCCGCGGGCGCACCGGCAGUCGGUGAUUGUCAGUGCGAAACGACCGAAAUUAGUGGCGCAGACUACGAUCGCCGCGGUGCCGGAGAAGCGCAAGUACUGCAAGUAUUGUGAUAUCUACUUCAAGUAUUUGUCCACCUUUCUGGCGCACCGGAAGUUCUACUGUACGGUACGGAAGCAACCCGGUGACGAGCCACUGCCAAUAGCAAAAGCUGCAGCGCCGGCGCCCACUAUUAGUGAAACCUUUAAAGCAUAGGAAGUGGACAGAUGGAUCAACAGUUCUACUUUUAGCGGCAUCUAAUGGUAUCUGUAUUUGCAGGUAAUGUUCCCUGAAAUGCAGCUAGAGAACCCUGUGUAUAAUGUCAUCCGGUUUCAAAAUAAUAUUAUGUAAAGAAUGGAGAUUUUUUCGGUCAAUGCAACAGCAGUCCUACUAUUAUUUCACUACAGUUAUUUCUGUUUCCGUUUCCGUAUGCGUGAAACUCAGACAACGAAUUCGUUUAAGCCUUUAAGGUGUACAA